GCCUAAUAAGUUUCCGUAAUAAAGUCGUUUGAAUUAAACAAAUCUGGAAAUCUCAGGAAACGGGGUCGUUUAGACAUUGAACAACAGAAGAGAGUAAAGAAGUCAAAAACAAGGUUGUCUACUAGUCUUGCCUCACCUGACCUCCAACUUUCCCAGAUUGAAGAUCGGAAUUUCGAAUCUCUCUCUCUCUAGCUUCUGUCUUCAUCUAUGAUUAUUAUUAUGUGUAAAACCUCGGAAAUCAUUGUCCUCACAGUGGUCUUGUCAGCCCUAAGCUUCAUAGUCCAUUCGGCCACAGCAAAUCCGAACAACCAUCGCUACAAUGUAGGAGAUCCCGUCCCCUUUUUCGUCAACAAAGUCGGACCCCUCAACAAUCCCAGUGAGACCUACUACUAUUAUGACUUGCCAUUUUGCCGACCAGAUCCGUUAGUUCUGAAGAAGGAAUCCUUUGGGGAAGUUUUGAAUGGUGAUCGCUUAACCAAUGCUUUAUACGAGUUAAAAUUUCGGGUGGACAAAACCAGGGAGACCCUGUGCCAAAAGAAGUUUAAAGUUGCUGAAGUUGCAGAGUUCAGGGGUGCUGUCAUUGAUGAUUUUUACUUCCAGAUGUAUUAUGAUGAUCUUCCAUUGUGGGGGUUCGUUGGGAAAGUUGAACAGGAGAGUGGAAUACUUGGUGAGAAGGGUCCCAAGUACUAUCUCUUCAAACAUGUUCAGUUUGAUGUUCUUUACAAUGGGGACCAGGUCAUAGAAGUACGUGCUUUUAGCGAUCCAAAUCAUGUCGUGGAUAUAACUGAAGAUGUUGAAAUUGAUGUUACUUUCACUUAUUCGGUUAUCUGGAAUGAGAGCUCAACUAAAUUCAAGGACAGGAUGGGAAAAUAUUCGAGGGCUUCAUUAGUGCCAAUCCGCCAGCAAAUCCAUUGGUUCUCGUUCAUUAAUUCAGUUGUAAUUAUUGUACUCUUGAUGGGAUUGCUUACCUUGCUUUUUAUGCGGCGUCUCAAGAAUGAUAUGAGGAAAUGUGCUGAUGGGGAUGAAGAAGAAGAUAAGGAGGUUGGUUGGAAAUACAUUCAUGGUGAUGUAUUUAGACCUCCUCCAAACUUGUCCUUGUUUUGUGCUGUCUUGGGCACUGGUACCCAGCUGCUGACUCUGGUUUUCAUCUUAUUUGGCCUAGCAUUUCUUGGUGUCCUCUAUCCAUACAAUCGUGGAGCACUGCUUGCAUCUCUUGUUUGGAUAUAUACAAUUACAUCUGUGAUUGCAGGGUACACUGCUUCUUCUUUCCACAAUCAGUUUGCUGAGAAUGGAUGGGAAUGGAGUGUUCGUCUCGCUGGGAUUCUGUACCUGGGCCCGUUGCUUGUGACAGUGCUCAUUCUUAAUAUAGUUGCCACAGGUUUAGGGGCCACAGCUGCACUUCCAUUUGGCACCAUUACAGUGAUUCUUCUUGUAUGUCCAUGUGUUGGUAUUCCAUUGCUUGCCUUUGGUGGGGUUUUUGGAUACCGUCAUAGGUCUGAAUUUGAGGCACCCUGUGCUACAAAACGAUACCCAAGAGAGAUUCCACCAUUAGCUUGGUACCGGAAAACACCUUGUCAAAUGUUUAUUGCUGGUCUUUUAUCCUUUAGUGCAAUUGUCCUUGAGUUACACCACUUGUAUGCAAGCAUGUGGGGCUACAAAAUAUGUACUCUUCCUGGCAUAUUAUUCAUCACCUUUGUCAUCCUUGUCAUUCUAACUGCAAUGAUUAGCGUUGGUUUAACAUAUAUUCAGCUUUCUGUGGAAGACCAUGCAUGGUGGUGGAGAUCGGUGUUGUGUGGGGGCUCAACAGCCAUUUUUAUGUUCGGCUAUUGCAUCUACUUCUAUGCCAGGUCAAACAUGAACAGUUUCAUACAACUAUCCUUCUUUAUAGGAUAUAAUGCUUGCAUGUGCUAUGCAUUCUUCCUCAUUCUCGGUACAAUCAGUUUUCAUGCUUCCUUAAUGUUUGUUCGCCAUAUAUACCACGCUGUUAAAAGCGAAUGAAUCUGUUCAUGAAUUCCAGCAAUAUUAUGAAUUUAAUGGUCUGUGUUUCUCUCAA